AUGUCCAAGUCCUUCUCAGGUGCCAAAGUAAACUACAACAUGCAUGAUAAGCAAUUGUUGGCAAUCAUCAAGGCUCUGGAGGAGUGGCAAAUAUUUUCAGAGGCAACAGACAAACCAAUCCAAGUGUUCAUGGACCACCAAAACUUGGAAUACUGGAUGCAGGCAAGAACCUUCAACCAGAGACAUGCACAAUGGCACAUCUUCCUGAGCAAUUUUAAUUUUGAAAUCCAUUACUGCCCAGGGAAGCAAUUGGACUAUGUGGACUCUAAAAGUGAACCCAAGAUUAUGCUUCCAGCCAAGGUGUUUGCAAAUACUAGCACAUCAGAAGAGGAGCUUGCCAUCACAGACAAGAUUUAUGAUGCAGAAAACACCCCACCAUCCAUCCAGAAAGCUUAUCAAGAUUACAACUGGGAAGAAGACCUACUUUGGUACAGAGGGAAACUAGUGGUCCCAGACACUGAAACUCUGAAGGAAUGGUUGCUUAAGGAAUUCCACAACUCCCCACUAGCAGGACACCCUGGGCAACAAAGAACUCUAGAACUCCUGAGCCAGAACUAUUGGUGGCUGGGAAUGAAAUCCUUGGCUAAGGAAAGGGUCAAAUGUUACCCCACAUGCCAAGCUAAUUGUCAACCUUGUGUGCCAGUAAUCUCUUUGAAACCUUUAGAAGUCCCUCCAUUCCCCUUCCACACAAUCUUGUAUGAUUUCAUCACUGGGUUCCCCAAAUCACAGGGGUAUGACACCAUCCUGGUGGUUAUAGAUUUGUUUUCCAAAUUUGGCCACUUUAUCCCCACAACCAAAAAGGUUUUGGCUAAAGGAUUGGCAGAACUCUUUGUCACUCAUAUUUGGAAGUUACACAGGUUGCCAGUCAAAACAGUCUUGGAUCAAGGAACUACAUUCACAGGAAAGUGUCAUGACCUUCAUUGGCAUGACAUGAAUUUUUACUAUUUUCCAUCUUUUUUCUGA